AUGGGCCACGCUACUCGAGCAACCAGCUUCCCAGGCCACCAGCUACCCCAGGCCACCAGCUACUCGGGCCACCAGCUAUUCCGGCCACCAACUGCUCUGGGCCACCAGCUACCCCGGGUCAGUACCCUGGGCCACCAACGCUACUCCGGGCCAUCCAGCUACCUGGGUCACCAGCUACCCUGGGCCACCAGCUACCCUGGGCCACCAACUACUCCGGGCCACCAGCUACCAGGGCCACCAGCUACUCAGGGCCACCAGCCACCAGCAACUAGCCACAUCGGGCCACCAGCCACCCUGGGCCACCAGCAACCCGGGCCAUCAGCUACUAUGGGCCACCAGCUACUCCGAGCAACCAGCUUCCCAGGCCACCAGCUACCCCAGGCCACCAGCUACUCCGGCCACCAGCUAUUCCUGGCCACCAACUGCUCUGGAGCCACCAGCUACCCCGGGUCACCAGCUACCCUGGGAACUACUGGGCCAUCAGCUACCCUGGGUCACCAGCCCCCACCACUGGGUCAGCCACCCUGGGUCACCAGCCACCCUGGGCCACCAGCUACCAGGGGCCACCAGCUAUUCCGGGCCACCAGCUACCCCAGGCCACCAGCUACCCCAGGCCACCAGCAACCCCGGGUCACCCCAGGCACCAGCAACCCCGGGUCACCAGUCACCCCAGGUCACCAGCCACCCCAGGCCACCAACUACUCCGGGCCAUCAGCUACUCCAGGCCACCAGCUACCCCAGGCCACCAGCAACCCGGGUCACCAGCUACCCCAGGCCACCAGCUACCCGGGCCACCAGCAACCCCGGGUCACCAGCUACCCAGGUCACCCACCCCAGGCCACCAACACCGGGCCAUCAGCUACUCCAGGCCACCAGCUACCCUGGGUCACCAGCUACCCAGGUCACCAGCUACCCCAGGCCACCAACUACUCCUGGGCCAUCCAGCUACCCAGGCCACCAGCAACCCCGGGUCACCAGCUACCCCAGGCCACCAGCAACCCCGGGUCACCAGCUACCCCAGGCCACCAACUACUCCGGGCCAUCAGCUACCCCAGGCCACUAGCUAGCUACCUGGGCCACCAACCACCCCAGGCAGCUACCGGGCCACUGCCACCAGGUCACCAGCUACCCUGGGCCACCAACUACCCCAGGCCACCAGCUACUCCGGGCCACCAGCUACCCCGGGUCACCAGCUACCCUGGGCCACCAACUACCCCAGGCCACCAGCUACUCCGGGCCAUCAGCUACUCCGGGCCACCAGCUACCCCGGGUCACCAGCUACCCUGGGCCACCAACUACUCCGGGCCAUCAGCUACCCGGCUCAGAUAA